UUGAACGGGGAAUCGAAAUUGUUGUUUUGACCAAAGGGGCCAGCUACGACUGACAGGCAGGUCAUAUGGAAUUUCAUGUCCCCCAGAAAACUGCCUUGUAAAUGAGGCAGAGCAUCUACUCGUACAGUAAACGGCCUUCUUUUGAAUCCGCUCCUUUACGAUCUGCCUUACUCAACUUAGUGACGAUGCACUUGAAGGAAAUAUUGUCUACUCGUACCUCUACUGAUUCCCUUAUGGUCUGACAAUCUUGCAUCCUCCCUCAGUACUGAUAAAUGCCGGUGGAUGCAGGAUGUGAUCAGUGAUCACCAUCUGUUUCUCAAACCGAAACAAAUAUACAACCAGGACGUCAAAAUGACGCAUCCAAAGACCAUAACUCGCGACGACCCCAAGGUAAACUCCAACUCGCUACACGAGUACCACAUUGCCAAACGCGGUCCGCAAAAUGUCCCAGAGAUUGUGAUGGCACGUCUCGAGCCAGAGAGACAAAGAACGGCAAAGAAUCCCGGGCAUUCCUACGCCCGGACGGACAAUAUCAGAUUCGACUUUUACGACCAAAAGGUGUCCAAUGCGCCGUUUGGAUACGAGCAGUUCGUCUCCUUGCCGCCGAAUUACGACGAGCUGAAGGAAACCCAAUGGCCGCUCAUUCUGUUUUUGCACGGGGCGGGCGAAUCUCAACGUGGCGGCAACGAGUCCUUUGUGUCGAUCAGACACGGCAUACCGAAGGUGAUUUUAUGUUAUGACAAACUCAAGUCUGCACCGGACGACGACGAGGAUACCCCGGCAAUCAACAUCCCUCGAGCUGAAAGGCUGCGCAAAAGCAAACAAACCACACAAGGCGACAAGUCGUCCGAACCAGUACCAAAACAAGUGUGCACUUUGGUCGCGGAGAGUUUCAUCACGGUGACGCCCUCGCUCAACAUGGACUACGGGUACGGAUGGAACGCGUCGAUCUUGACGGCUUUGCUGGACGAGAUUGUACACCGGCACCGCGUCGACCUCGACAGGAUCCACGUCACUGGCUUCAGCAUGGGAGGGUACGGCACGUGGGAACUCGCGAUGCACACACCCCGUCGCUUCGCCACCGUCGUGCCGAUUUGUGGAGGAGGGGAUGAUCUCAGAGUCGUCCAUAUCAAGCAUAUUCCUCACUGGUGAGUUUGUUCCUCGUACAAUCGAGUUACAUGUGACUUUCAGAAGGUCCCACUCGGCGGAAAUGUAGGUAUGGACACAAGCACUAGACUCCCCUGGUUGAUGGACCGUAAUAUUUCUAGGAUUCACCAUGGCGAUCUUGGCGACAUUAUCCCUGUCAACGCGUCGACUCGAAUGGUCGAGGCACUUGAAAAGGUCGGCGCCAAAGAGGUCGAGUUUACGAGGUACCCGGACUUGAUGCAUGACAGCUGGACCGAGGCGUACAAUAACCCAGAGGUGUACCGGUGGAUGUUGGAGAGAAAGAGGACCGUGAAAGGGGACGAGGAAGGAGUGCCUGAUGAAAAUAAAGUGAUUCUUUCAGUAGAGAUAUGAGUUGCUGGAUAAACAAACGAAUGCUUUCAUUGUCCAUGGUAUCAUGGAUGACUCUGUCUCAUAGAAC